AUGAUGGAUUCAGAUUCUGCAAUUCCCAGCGGCAAAGACUUUGGAAAAUUCCAAUUCGGCUGCCAACAUUACAAGAGACGCUGUAAAAUCAGAGCUCCUUGCUGCAAUCUGAUAUUCCCAUGCCGCCAUUGCCAUAACGACGCAGCGAAUUCUUUAUCUGAUCCUAAAGAACGACAUGAUUUGGUCCGCCAAAGCGUCCAACAGGUUAUCUGUUCAAUAUGUCAAACUGAGCAAGAGGUUGCACAACUCUGCUCGAAUUGCGGCGUCUCUAUGGGGGAAUACUUUUGCAAUAUCUGCAAAUUCUUUGAUGACGAUAUCUCAAAAGAACAGUUUCAUUGUGAUGACUGUGGAAUUUGUAGAGUUGGUGGGCGUGACAAAUUCUUUCAUUGCAACAACUGUGGAGCAUGUUAUUCAACAAGCUUGCGCGAUAAACACUCGUGCAUUGAGAACUCCACAAAGAAUUCUUGUCCUGUAUGCUAUGAGUACUUAUUUGAUUCGGUGAAAGUGGGACAUGUGAUGAGCUGUGGGCACACUAUGCAUAUGGAUUGCUUCGAACAAAUGAUCAAUGAACAACAGUAUCGUUGCCCCAUUUGUUCCAAGUCAAUGGUGGACAUGUCUUCGGCGUGGCAAACCAUAGAUCACGAGAUAAGCGCAACAGAGAUGCCUCUUGACUAUAAGUUUGAGGUUGCAAUUCUUUGCAAUGACUGCAACAAGAGGAGCAAUACAAUGUUCCACAUCUUGGGACACAAGUGUGGGGAUUGUGGUUCAUACAACACUCGCAGGAUCUCAAUUCCACAAGACCCGGUUUGUGAAACAGAGUGA